AAGCCAAAUAGUAGACAAGCGUUCCCCUCUGCAAACAGUCACAUUCAAGAGCUCAAGCCAAAGAGACACUCGAGCGGACCAGCAGCAGCAACAGCAGCAGCACAGGCCAGCAGCCAGAGAAGCAGUCAGAGAAGCACCUUUUGCUUCAGCUUCAGCCUCAGCUCCAGAAGCUCCAGACUUUUAGUGGCCACAAGCCACGCAACGUUCGUGCGUCGGUUUUUGCAGAGAGUGACGACAAGUGCAAUAAUAGUGCUUCACAGAAAUGCAUCAAAAAUGAAAAUCUAUUUUAUACAGUGACAGUGCAGUGAAUUGAAUGCAAAAAGCAAGAAAACAACUAACCACCAACCAAGAGUAUAAACAAAAUACAGAAUUAGCCAAGUGGUCCAAGCGCUAGACAGUUUUUAAUUUUUCCGUUUUGAAAACGCGUAUCGCACGCGUUACCCUUUCCACACAUCCACACGAGUCCAAAAGCCGGCAACAUAACGGCGCAACUAUUGAACAGCUUCCUGAAGGGUAGCCCCCACCAGACCACCAUUGACAUCAUGCAGAAGCUCUACGCGGAGCCGCCGCCCAGCAGCGCUCCGGUGAGCAUGGCCACCGCCGGAGGCCCUGCGUCUGGCGGCGGUGGCGGGGGUGGACCUGGUGGUGGAGGACCUCCACCGCCCAGCAACAACAAUCCGAAUCCCACAACCAACGGCGGCAGCAUGAGUCCGCUGGCCAGAUCUGCCUACACAAUGAACAGCAUGGGCCUGCCGGUGGGCGGCAUGUCGUCCGUAUCCCCCCAAGCGGCGGCCACCUUCGGAUCCAGCGUCCUGGACUCGGCAGCGGCGGUGGCCAGCAUGAGCGGCAGCAUGGGAGCAGCGGCGAUGAACUCGAUGGGCGGUAAUUGCAUGACCCCCAGUUCGAUGAGCUACGCCAGCAUGGGAUCCCCGCUGGGCAACAUGGGCGGAUGCAUGGCCAUGUCGGCGGCCAGUAUGUCGGCGGCGGGACUGAGCGGCACAUACGGUUCCAUGCCGCCUGGAUCGCGGGACAUGGAGACAGGAUCCCCCAACUCGUUGGGCAGAUCGCGCGUGGACAAGCCCACCACCUACCGGAGAAGUUAUACGCAUGCCAAACCACCGUACAGUUAUAUUUCUCUGAUCACGAUGGCUAUCCAAAACAACCCGACGCGAAUGCUGACACUGUCGGAGAUCUACCAGUUCAUCAUGGACCUGUUCCCCUUCUACAGACAGAACCAGCAGCGCUGGCAAAACUCCAUCCGCCAUUCUCUCAGCUUUAACGACUGCUUUGUUAAGAUCCCCAGGACACCGGAUAAGCCGGGCAAGGGAUCCUUCUGGACAUUGCAUCCGGACUCCGGGAACAUGUUCGAAAACGGAUGCUAUCUCCGGCGGCAAAAGCGUUUCAAGGAUGAGAAGAAGGAGGCCAUCCGACAGCUUCACAAGAGUCCGUCGCACAGCAGCUUGGAGGCGACCAGUCCGGGCAAGAAGGACCACGAAGACUCGCACCACAUGCACCAUCACCAUCACAGUCGGCUGGACCAUCAUCAACACCACAAGGAAGCGGGCGGAGCAUCGAUAGCCGGCGUGAAUGUGCUGAGCGCGGCGCAUAGCAAGGAUGCGGAAGCCCUAGCCAUGUUGCAUGCCAAUGCAGAGCUGUGCCUCAGCCAGCAGCCGCAGCAUGUGCCCACGCACCACCACCACCAGCAUCACCAGUUGCAGCAGGAGGAGCUGUCGGCGAUGAUGGCCAAUCGAUGCCAUCCGUCACUGAUCAGCGACUACCACUCGUCGAUGCACCCGCUGAAGCAGGAGCCCUCCGGCUACACGCCCUCCAGCCACCCGUUCUCCAUCAACCGCCUCCUGCCCACGGAGUCGAAGGCGGACAUCAAGAUGUACGACAUGAGCCAGUACGCCGGGUACAACGCCCUCAGCCCGCUGACCAACUCACACGCUGCCUUAGGCCAGGACUCCUACUACCAGAGUCUCGGCUACCACGCGCCCGCCGGCACCACGAGCUUGUGACAUCACCAGUACCCGCUGGCUUAAGGGCGCGCGGAGCAGAUGCUGCGCUCGCAGCAGCAGCAGCACUUGCAGCAGCAGCAGCAGCAGGCGGCGCAGCAACUGACAUCCGCUUCAAAUGCCACAUCGACAGCCGGGGGGAAAGCCAGCAGCGGCAAGGCGGGAUCGGGUCCGGGGUCCGGUUCGGGCUCAGGAUCUGGUUCGGGAUCAGGGUCAGGAUCUGGCUCGGUCAACUACUCACAGAAGCUGGCUCAGCAGCAACAGCAACAACAGCAGCAGCAACAGCAACACCAGCACCUGCAACAGCAGCAGCAACAGCAUCUGCAGGAGCUGCAGGAGGACUCCUCGAACAUCACCAGCGACCUCAGCGAGGAGCAACUGCAGCAGUACAACAACUACCAGCAAUAUGCAGCGGCGGCCAGCUACCGCAACUGGAAUCACAGUCUCACGUUCAACGGGGCCGCCGCCCUGCAGAACUUGCUGUAGCUGUAGCUGCAGCCAUAGUGGCCCGGACCACCAUCCGGCCAAUUAGCAAGUGGUGCGACGAGUUCGGUGGCUUUUAGCACCUGGGCGCAUCCUUUGAGCACGUGAGUAGGUUCGCCGGCUCGCGCUUUGUACAUAUACCGAUCGGACUACAGGCUGCAGGUCUUCUCCUCCGAGUUGUUCAGUUCCAAUAUUAAUACAUUCAUACAUACCAUAUAUACCGUUCUGUUUGGGGGUCAUUCAAGAUCGAUGAAAAAAACGAAAGAAAAAAGUGAUGUAGUUGUAAGUGCAGCGUGCGGGGCGUCAAAAGCAAGGGAUACGAAUUUUUUGCACCCUGUCGAGCUAAAAU